AUGGCCAAAGCAUACACAGUUGAGAAGUUUGAUUACCACAUGGCAGAGGUAGAGAAAAUUGAUAAGAGGGUCAAAGAUUACUUAAUGAAUGUUGGGUAUGAAAGAUGGUCGAGAGCACAUUCCACUGUCAACAGAACAUUGACAAUGACUGCAAACAUUGCGGAGUCGAUCAAUGCAGCGCUCAAGGCUGCUAGGGAACUCCCAGUACUGCCUUUGCUAGACUACAUAAGGCAAUUGAUCGAACGAUGGAAUGUUACAAACCUAAAGAAUGCAGUGGAGUCAUUCACUGAUCUUGGAAAAAAAUAUGAUACAAUGCUGAUGGACAAUCUUGAAUUGUCACAUCAGAUGAAGGUGACCCCUUCCACGAGUUACUUAUAUUCAGUACUUAACAAGGGUAAGCAGAGAAUGGUAUUCCUAAAAGAUCGAACUUGCAGCUGUAGAAGGAAGUACCUAUUAAAGAUCUAUGAAAUUCCAAUUUAUCCGGUUCCUUAUGAAAGCACAUGGAAAAUUCCUGCAGAAGUUCUAAAUGAAAAAGUCUUGCCACCAGAUGUGACUAAAACAAUAGGAAGGCCAAGGAAGGGGAGGUGCAAGCCAAUAUUUGAAAGGCAGCGAAAAAGGUCGAUUUCAUGUGGACAGUAUGGAGAAGAAGGUCAGAACAGGAAAACUUGUAGAAAUAAUCCAAAGAGAGGAUGA